GAAUGAGUAUUGCUAGGAAAGAAUCUUCUCUUGACAUGCAGCCCUGGCGUGGGCAACUUUGACCCAUGUUCAGGAACCUGGGUACCAGUAGGGGGACAUCUUGGCUCACAGAUCAAUUUUCUCCACAGGUCGAAUCAUAGCUGGUAUGGUCGGAGGAGUGACAGCAGUGGCUUCUGUUCCCAUGGUCUUGGGCGCCAUGGGCUUCACUGGAGCAGGAAUUGCUGCCUCUUCCAUUGAGGCGAAGAUGAUGUCAGCAGCAGCUGUGGCCAACGGAGGUGAGGUGGCCAUGGGCAGCCUGGUGGCCACUUUGCAAUCAGUGGGGUCUGCAGAUCUCUUUGCAUCUUCCAAUACUCUUUUGGGUGCUGCUGGUUCCAAUCUUUCAGCCUGGCUCUGGGGUUCUGAUAAGUAAAACCUCUUCUGCUGCCUCAGAUGUACCUAACAUCAAGGUAGAAUGUCCAGGACAGAGGUCAUCUUGGGCCUUAGAAACCCCCCAGUGAGAACCCCUACAUCUCCCAAUAUGUAGAAAACAAGAGCAAAAUAAAGAGGAGAUACCGUAACCUUC